GCGGAGCCAGGGGGGAUUCAUCGGGGGAUUAAAGCCAAAGUCCUCGCACUCUUCACACCAGCAGCUCACCCACUGACCGACUGACGAUCUGGAAGGCUCCGGAUGUUUCCGUGAAGAUACAUCCCGACUAUGAAGGCUGAUGCAAACUGACCAGAACACAACCAGAACGUUUCUGAGAGAUUCAAAGAAAAGAAUUUGAUUUUAUGCAUUGAGAUAACUUCUGAUUUUUGGAAACAGUUUCAAAACAGUUGGAAAAGCGCACCCCAAAGACUUGACGCUAACUCUUGGAAUUGCCACAACACAUUCUGCAAGCAGAGUAGAUUUCUAGAGCAUUAGAACAAGAAAAACAUCAUCAGGCAAACAUCCCUUCUGAUAACCCGUCAGCAUGAGUAGCGGUGGGACCACCACAGUUUCACCACAGGAGCCCCAGGCUUUCAAACGAGCAGUACGGAAGAUAAAAUGUGCUGCCAUGGUGGCCAACUUGGCCAAGAGCUGGCAGGGCUGGGCCAAUGAACACAGCGACAAGCAGGAUUGUAUUCCGAGCGGCUGGAUGCCUUCAUCUAUUGAAGACGAAGACAAAAAAGACAAUCAUGUGGUCAAACUUACCGUAACCCCGCGUGUAAUCACAGCUGAUCCUGAUGACAACAGCAGCAGUAAGAUCCGGGCCUGUGCUGUGACCAAGUCUAUCCAGCCAAAACGCACCGAAUGCAGCAGCAUCGACCUGGUCAACGCCAUUCGAGGAAAGAUGGAGUCCGGUCCGGAGGAGAGGAAGCAAUUUCUGGGAAACGAGUCACCGACACGGCGGCGACAGAUGAGAGCGCUUCAGAGCGCAGGAGGAGGGGUCAUCCAAGACAGGAAGCUGAUGCUUCAGGACAAGAAGCUGGGUUCAAGGAGCAGCAGCGUGGACACAGAGGAUAGCGGGCUGGGAGAGGAGGCCGGGCUCAGCGACAAUGGUGAACCAAAGACUGAACUGGGUGACAUCCUGACCAAGAAACAGACCAACAGGCCCAAGAUUAAAAUUGCCACUACGGGUGACAUCAAAAACCGCUGGCAGCAGUGGUCUGUGCAGCACAUGGAGGGCCAGAAGCUCAACCCCUUCAGUGAGGAGUUUGACUAUGACUAUGCCAUGUCCCAGCGCCUGCAGAAGGGCGACUCCGGCUACGGUCGACCCAAAGAUGGCUCCAAGACGGCGGAGAGGGGCGACAGGGCCCACAAACACAUCCACAGGGAGAUGGAGGAGAUGGUGUGGAUCAUCAGAGACAUGGGCUAUAAGGAUAAAGAGGGGAGGACCAUCGUUACCUUCGGCCGACUCUUUGACCGCUACGUGAAGAUCUCAGAUAAGGUGGUGGGCAUCCUGCUGCGCUGCCGCAAACACAAGAUGCUGGACUUCGAAGGGGAGAUGCUGUGGAAAGGACAGGACGAUCAUAUCAUCAUUACAGUGAGGGACUGAGGACAGAUGAGGCAAACACACCUCACAUCAGCUCGUCUUGAGAAAUAAUGCUAUCCAUGCUAAUCACAAUGCUGCACAAGGAAAAUGGAGGAAGAAUUGGGAUAAUACACAGAUGAAUGCAGGUUCAGGGAUAUACACAUGGGAGGGAAAUUAUAGUCACAUUUAAAUUUUAUGUACAUAAAUUAUUAAAAGGCAUGUGAGUGUUCACGCACUCUCUCUCUCUCACAGCAGACUCAUUAGUUCUUCUCAUAUACCUGACAGGUCAUCCGGUGAAGGGAAGCUAUCUUUAUCAUGCUAACCAUGCUCGCCUUGCUAACUAUGCUACACUGGAAGCCUUGAGAAUGCACCACAGUGUCACUCAUGCUGGAAAGCUUUACUCGGAUUGUGACUGAAGAAACUUCAGUUUCAUUUUUCAUCUCAUAAAUCACAGAAAGACUUGACAAAGUCUCUGUUUUGUCCUCUUGAGCCAGUCAUGUUGAAAAUAAGUUAACUAGGGUAGCAUUCAGGGGCAAGGGGACAAGGUUAGCCUUGUCACAGAAUAUUGUGACUUUUUGGAGUUUCAGAUUAACAGGACAAAAAGACAAGAAUUAGCCUACACAGCGAUGUGACCAACUUUUUUUUUCUCUACCUUUGUGUUUUGUUGUGAGAGUUGGUAUGAUAAAUGAAAGAAAUAAUAAAUGAAAGCUCAGUUACCAUUUCAUUUUUUCUUUUUUACAUUUUUGUAUUGUAUGUGCAUUUUGUAUUGGAUUUCAAUGUACGUUUACCAAAUUUGAAAAAAAAAAAAGAGAGAGAAAUUGGAUGUAUACUCAGGUGAUCACACAGUUUCACUUCACAGCAGAUUGAGUAACUUGAGGCUGCUCUAUGGACUGAUACACAGCACAGGGAUGACAUUUGGUUCCAAAACCAUUGACUGUAUCUGGACCACACAAAUGAUCUGUGAACUAGUGCCUUUUGGCUCCUGAUUUGUAGAGAAAAUGCUUUGUAGAGUUGUGUGAUACAAAUAAGGUAACAACAAAGUUUACUCAAGUAUGAUACUUAUAUAUCAUUUUUAGUUGAAAUACUGAAUAUUUCCAAUGUUACUUUCGACUACUACUCCAUAACAGUUCAAAGGGAAAUAUUAUACUAUUAUACAACAUUUACGAGACAGGUUUAAAAAAUUAACAGAUUAUGAUUAUAAAUUAAAGGCUGGGGUGCUCAAGGUGUUUUCAGUUAUGUGGCUGAUUAGAUCUACUCAGGUGCUACUACUGUGCACAGAUGUGCUGGGAUUUACAUAAGGAUGUUAAGAAGGAUCAAAUUGUCCCACAACAAAGCUAAAUUAUCAGUUUACUUUUCAUAAUGCAAGUACACUUUGAAUGCAGGUCUUUUAUUUUGGAAUUGUGGUAUUGCUGCUUUUAAUUUAAGGAUCUGAGUACCUUCUCCUCCACUGAUUGUCUGGAAAGGAACAGACUAAUAAUACAUUUGAGCUUAGUAAUUGAAAUUUGAACUGUUAAUUUAUGUUUGAAAAACUCUUGUCUCUUGAGUGGUUGUGUAAAGUGUGAUAGUUUGGGCAUAAAUGAUUCAUCAGUGAAAUAUAUUUGACCUCAUUUUAAAGUUUUGGACAUUUAUUGUUUUAAAUUGUGUUAAAUUAAGACGGUUUUAUUUUUUUUCCAAUAUUUUCUUCUUUCAAAGUGAAAGCCUUUGGGUCUUCUUACAGAAGUGCAAUUUUGUCACAAAAUGUGUUUUAAAAAACUGUGCAGCGUGGUGUUUCAUGCAUACGUUGAGAUAACUGUAAAUAUACAUGUGUCAUUAGAAUUUAGUACUGAGACUGUGAAGUUGUUGAUGUGUAACAUAGGCUACAUGCAAAUCAAUAAAACUGAAAUGUAUAUACUGUA